AGCUUGUGAGACGAGACGAGGUUGUCGCUGUCCCUUUAAGGCGACUCUGACGUUUAUGUGUACUCUACUAUCAUUGGCUGGCUGACUUCCGCUUGGGUUUCCUGUGCAGGGAAGACAAGCAUGGCAGGACAGCUGUGGAACAGAGUAAACAUCCCCUUCCCCAGUGCCGUUUCUUGUGUCCGUGCACCUUUCAGCUCAGCUACAGAUGCAGUUGUUAAAGCCCUCUUGGCGGGAAACGACACGGUGCUGAGUCUAAUUCGGAGUGAGAUUCUGCAAACGGAGAUCCGAGUUCUGUACGAGCUGCUGUACAUCCUAAACAACAGCUCCAGAGGCAACAAGACGUUCAAAGGCUUAAAGCAGGUGAGGACUGUGGAUAAAGCGUCCGAAUCUGCCCACGGACAGAGAAACAUGCAGGUUGAACAAUGCAUAAACAGACUGAAGAGCAUGAAGCUUGAUGAUGCUCUUCAGGAGCUGGCAGAGCUGUGUCCCAGCAGGAUUCAAAGAGCCCUGAGCAUCAAGGCUGGUGAGUGUGAUGUUCCCAGUCAACCCCUGCUGGAGUGGCUCUGUCUCAAGGUGCUGGGAGCUGCACAGCUAAUGAGCUGCACAUUGAAUCGCUGCAGCAGAGCUUUCUUACUCUCAAAGCAGCAGAUGAAAUGGGAGGAGUUUGUCAUCUUGAAUAUGGUGAUAACCAGCAUGCUCAGUCGUCUCUGGGUGAUUUGCCGUGGUAUCCUGGUCAGCCUGCACCCUCUGUAUCAGCAGCUCCUGGAGCUCCUCAGAGAAGUAUCCAAGGCCCAGCCCAUGCCUUUCCUUACAGACAUCUCCCUGCCAGCAAAUAUGACUCAGUUCCUCAGUCCCUCUGAUGUAUUUUUACUGACUAAGCGGUCAACACACAUUUCCUAUACCAAAGAGUGCAAGGAGAAGCAGCAGGGGAGGAAGAAAUCUUCUGUUAAAGUCAAGAACCAGCGACAGGCGAGGAAGGUUAAAGAAGACCUGGGUGUUGCUGUUGAAAGAGGUAUAGUUCUUGACACUGACCUGAAGCCUUUUCUCAAAGUUUUCAAGAACUUGACAGAGGGCAAAUCCUUCCCAGGGGAAACGCACAAGGCUGACGAGAAACAGAAGUUCAAGAAACAAGUGAGAGAGGCUGCUACUUUCUCAGACAUGGCAACCCAUCUUGAAGAAAUGAUCGAAUGGUGCAAAUCCCAGAAAAUGGAAAAGGAAAAACGCUUCUUAACCUUCUUGCGUUUGAAGUGCCAAAGGAUGAAAGGCCUAGAGGCAGCAGGCUACAAUGUCCAGAGGAAGUUGCAGACCUUCAGACAGGAAGCUCGCUGGGCUUUAUCUCCUCCAGGGUCAGUGCCAAGAACCUGUCAGUCUUCUGCUGCAAUGAGGAGAAACGCUCACCUGAGAACUCGUUUUCAUUCACUCAGGAGUCGAUUUAAGUUGUCAGCCGUCAGAGCUAGUGUCAAAAAGAAACAGCUGAAGCGACAAAGGAAGAGGACUGAGUCAUCAGUGUCUGGACUGUCAGGGGACAAUCAACGCAACAGGACCACAUACGAGGCAACAUUUCAGACCACCGACUGUGACGGCAGUGAUGACAUAGAUGAUAUAUUUGCCUCAGUAGGUUUGUGACACUUUGGAAAUAGACACGUCCAAAGAAACAAACUACUGAAUGCUGUGGGGCUCAGUAUAUGACACAUCUGCUUUCAAAAAAAGAGGCUUGGAUGGAAUUUAAAAAUUGAUGAUUGGACAAUGGUUUAAUGUUAUACAAAUGCUAAACAGCAGCAGAUGAUUGCACAGUGUACUACUGUAUUUGACACCAAGCUGAAAAAGCCUUGUUUUAUUGACUUCUUCUGGUUUAAAAUUUAGAGUCUCUUGCACCUUUGACCACACAAAGCACCACAGGGGAAUCUCAGGAUGCACUGGUCUAAGAACUGCAAUCCCUAGUGGUCAUUUAAAAAAGAUUUCAACUGGUGUGAACGUAAUGUUAAAGGUGAUGUUUAAAGGGGAUUUCUUUUUUGGCAUUUUAGCCUUUAUUGGAUAGGACACUUACCAGGCAAAGACCUGUUCCAUUAACACAGUUAUGCAUAGUUACUCACACCAUUUCAAACUUGUAUUGUUCCUGCAUAAUUUUAUGGUGUUGAACACCAAAUGAGGCUUUAGCCUCUUUCAGACACUCACUCCCCUGCUGGCUACAGCACGCACACUGUGAAAUACAAUUAUUAGAGCUAUUAAGUCCACCCUGUUAAGACAGCACCACAGUGUAAUAACAUACCAUUUCUUAUGGACAACGAAAUAAAAUCAGUGUAUUGAACCAUGUAAUACUCCAAAUUAACCUAUUUUAAGUGGUAAAAGCCAUCAAUGUGACAGAUUCUGUGUUCAUAAGGAGCUUUUGAGAUACCGUUUGAGGAGCAGCCUAUUAAAGUCCUGAAGGUAUUUGUAGCUCCACUUGGUGGAGUUAAUAAGUCAGUGCAUUGGUGAUUAAUUCCAGGUUGGUGAUUGUUCUCAGAUUAUUAAAUGAAUCCCUCAACCUUGUUAAAUGUAAAGCCCCUGGCAGAGGCAGUGUGAAAGCAGAGGUGUCAUUCUUCUUUCCUAUGAUUGAGUCUGUGGCUACAGAGUGCUCGUAUGAACAGAGAUCACACUGGCAGUGAAAUGUAUUAGUAAGAUAGGGUGGCCUCAGCUCUAGGUCUUUCAAGUCUAGUAUAGAAACUUUGCAGGUGUCUGGCAGUCCAUUUAGACAAACAAAGAGUGGAGGCUGUGCACCAAAUUAGAAGCUAAAGGGUUAGUUUUGUUGCAGCCUGUGUUUUUGCUGCCCACUUUCUUAUCCUCUGCCAAAGAAGACACAGUCCUCCCAUCUGCACAAAUACAACGGUGCAGUUUUCUUCCCCCUCACUGAGCCUGCCUGGGUUGAGUUAUGGUCUCACAUCAGCCCACCAGUUUUAUUUGUUCAAAUACGUCUACAGAUUCUUGAUUCCUGUGCUUUAUCUUAAACCAGUUAGUCAAGGUCAACUUUUGUUCUCGCCUGCAGUGAAGGAAAGGAGCUGAGGAAAAGCCUUGAAUGUCUGCAUUCUGCAUACAUGUGCACAUAGGAAGUCAGACCAUUUUCUUAUCUGCAUGUUGGAGUUGAAGUGACUAGGGGGGGGGUAUUCACAGCAGCAAAACCUUAAUUUAAGGACAUUUUUUACCUUUUUUUAGACUGCAUUGUUCAUGCAAUGCACAAAGAAUGACUUCGACCUUGCUGCUUUUUAAUUAAGAAAUACAAAAUAAAGUGCAUAAACUCAA